GUACUGCUAGAUAUUUAUCCUUUCAAUUAAAUUUAAUAGAAGCCAUCAUGAUGAUGCUACUGAAUGACAGAAACUUACCAGAUACCAAGUGAGGACACACCACUGUUUACGUCAACAGUCUAGAAAAUAGAAAGUUCAAAUACAAUACAAUGAAAAAGAACAAAGCAAAUAGUCUAUUCGAGUCAAGUACACACAAAAGCACACACAAUGUCCCCCACAACUACCAACCAAACCCCAACUCACACCAAACCCCAUCAGCAAGAGAGAGAAGGAGUAAAACAAAAGAAAACCCCAAGCUCUCCCGUCUUGUCCUCCCUGCUGAACAUGGAAAAAAAAAUACAACCGCUAUUCUACCAACAAAAAUGCCCUUCUCUCUCCCAUUUCAGCUCCAACAAUGCCUGGCAAUCUAUAGCCUGAACACUUUUUUUCUUCUUCUCUCCUUCUCUGCUUCCAUGCUUCUCUGCUUCCAUGUUCAGGGGGGCACAUUGCAACACUCCUCAUUUUGCGUUUUUUGGCAUCCCCUGCUGACAAAAAAUAAAAGGGAUAAUAAAGGACGAAGAAAAGGAGUAAAAAAAAAUAAUGAUUAUUGGAUCGACCCCCCGUCGUACAUGAAUCCUGCUCAAUAUCGGUGUUUUGCAAGUCUGCCUAUGCAGAUGAACAUGAGAAAAGGACGAGAAAAAAAAAGAAGAAUCAUCAACAUUACUUGAGUCACCAAGCCCCUUCGCAGCCCCGUUCAAGCAGUCAGUCCCCUUAUAGCCCGAGCCCCGACGUUUGAUCUGCCAUCCAAAAAAUAACCCUCCCUGAAUACUACUGGGCAGCUCAUAAUCCCCCGGCACCUACAAUAACAGUACUUC